AUGAAAGCUUUCCUCUCCUCAGUGGUGUUGGUUUUUACUCUUUGCAUCUCAGUAGGUAAGUCAGUCAUGUUCAGUGUAUUACUCUGUAAGUUAUUUUCCCUUGUGCGACUCUUUGUCAAAAACGGCCCGGGGUCAAAUGCUACUGCGAGUAUAAACGCUGUUAUGCGUACGUAUUUUAAUUAGAUUUAGCAAGCUUUCAAAGGCUGCUUCUGUGGCAAUUAUCAGCUUAAAAAAUCCUGUUGGUUUCAUUAUUACUCUGAAAGGUUUUCUGUUCUUUCUGCCUCGCAAAAUAAAUCCUAAUUCAUACCUCGAAAAUGAGACAUUAAGAGAGCGGAUGCCGGUUUAAAUAACUUUUCCGAUGGACGUAUGCAAAGGUGAAUACUCGAAAAAUCUAAAAAGCAACUCACCUUAUACUUUUUAUUUCAAUAUGAUCAUUAUUUGAGACGCGCGAAAAUAUUCUUGGGACUGAGUUUUUCAGUUCCAUCUCCGGGUAGCACGGAUUAAUUAAUGCCAUGAACUGAUAACUAAUCUAGUAAACAGCAUGACUUUGCGCAUUUUUAAGCAGCAAUUUUUUCAUUCUUCAGGAAAUUGUAAAGCAAUAGUCAAUUUUUUAUAAUUUCCAAUCUAUAUUGAAGACCACCGAAUGAUUUCUUGCGAUUAAUUUUGGUACUCUGCUCUGCUUUUGGCUUGUCACAAAAUCGCACAGAACCUUGCGUAAAGGAUAAAAAACGUGGCAUAUUUUGUUACAUUCUACAUUAUAACAUAGCCCGCGUGCUUGCCCUACACAAGUCCUAUUGAGCCGCUAUGAUCAAAAUCACAUUUACUCAGUAUAAAUGCAGAACCUUCCAGAGCAUAAUCUACCCAGCAGAUAAAAACAACUUUAUUGGAAUAAACAGCAUUUUGGCAUGAGGUAAAAGUCGUGUAGGCCUACCACCCCCUGUUAUUGCUAUCAUUGCUCGAAUUCCGCACUGUAUUUUUGUCAAAUCCCGCGGAAUCCCGGGAUCCCGUUCCAGACCUUGGUCCAUGGACAACUUGUCCGUGUAGGACACAAAUUGUCUUUUACGUGCUUUUGUUCGCAGUUGAGUUUAACAUAAUGAAUGAGGAAUCACUUCGCUGAAGUCAAAGAAGACGAUCUAGCGCAGGAGCCCAUCAUUUAAUGGGCUCCUGUCUAACGUCCAGGGGCACCCAGCGAGAAUAUAACUCAAAACCACUUAAACAUAGCAUUGUUGAACAUAUUUUAGUAUUUAAACGGUAGAUAUAGGCAUAUUUUUAUCCCCUAAAAAUGUUUCAUCUGUUCGGAUUUCCUAGCUGAAAGUCUAGUGAUCCCAAAAUUAUAGGGAUCAAAACUUACCUUUUCGAAAAUUUCAGCCAGAAAAAAGGCUCCCGAAAAUUCUGUGUGACCGUUUUAGGGUAAAAAUCCGUUGAAAUGGGCAGUUAUAUCAUUUUUGGGGGGUUCGAAAAUCCUAGGAGAGGCGGGCAAGCAAGAAAUUUAACUACGAAUGUUCCGAAAAUUCUAUAUCUCAAAUCGUCUUCCCAACAAAUAUUUUCCAAAAAUUGUCGUUGGGUGCUCCUGAACGUCGUUUUCAUAUUCAUGAGAAAUUUAGUUAAUGAAGCUCAAAUGUAACAAAAAUUUUCUACUCUGUUUUGUAGGACGCAGCAUCAAGUGCUACCAAUGUUAUUCAUCUCAGAGUUGGGAUGACUGUGUUCCUGACAACAAUACGGAUUGUUCUCCCGGCCUGGACGGCUGUUAUAAAGUCCAUGUGACAGUAGAGGUGAAAGGCAAAACCGGAAAGUCUUUUUUGAAAGGGUGUAUCGACAAAUCGGUUUGCAACGCAGAUGGUUGCAAGACUGUCGUACCAUUUUUGAAUGUAAAAGUAACCGAAUGUGAAAUAAAGUGCUGCCAUAGUGACCUGUGCAAUAGAGCCAAAGUACCGAUGGUCAGCAGCUUGCUGUUCUUGACAUGCGCCAUUGCAGCUUUCCUCCGUUUAAAGGAGUAG